AUUCCUACUUGUUACAGUUGUGUUCCGACGGGAUAGAAUGUGGUUCGCGACGCACGCAACUCUUUCUCUGUUCAAAUUAAAAACUCAUUUUUGCUUCUGACAAUUUGGAUUUACGUAAAGGUUCGGACACUUUAAUACGUAUUUAUGGAAAGGAUUAUCACGCUUGUUUUUUCAUGAACGUGUCUGAGGGUGGCGUGCGCCCUGCUGACCUCCAUGCCCGGUCCGGUGUGUGCUGCCUGCCCCUCUGAGCCGCAGGGAGCCUGUGUGUCUGGCUGUGCGUGGGGCUGGAGGAGCAGCUGAAGUAGGGUCACCCAGGAGCUAGCCAGGGGCCACCAAGGGACCACUCAGGGGUCAGCCAGGGGCCCAGAGCCCAGACGCGUGGGCCAGUCCUGUCCCAGCCACAGGAAGAUGAACAAACUGAGCUUCCACAACAACAGAGCCAUGCAGGACCGCCGCUGUGUCUGCGUGUUUCUCCCCAACGACGACACGCUCAACGUCAUCGUCAACGUGAAGACCCUGUGCCAGGAGCUGUUGGUCCAGGUGUGUGACCUGCUCAGACUGAAGGACUGUCACUUGUUCGGCCUCAGCGUUAUUCAGAAUAAUGAGCACAUAUACAUGGAGCUGGGACAGAAGCUCUCUAAGUACUGCCCCAAAGAGUGGAAGAGGGAGGCUAGCAAGGGCAUAGACCAGUUUGGGCCACCGAUGAUCAUUCACUUCAGGGCCCAGUACUACGUAGAAAAUGGGAGACUAAUAAGUGACAGGUCAGCCAGAUACUACUACUACUGGCACCUGAGGAAGCAGGUGCUUCUGUCCCAGUGCAUUCAGAGAGAGGAGGCCUACUUCCUGCUCGCUGCCUUCGCCCUCCAGGCCGACCUGGGCAACUUCAAGCGAAACAAGCACUUUGGGAAGUACUUUGAACCCGAGGCCUACUUCCCUCCGUGGGUGGUCUCCAAGCGCGGCCGGGACUACAUCCUGAGGCACAUCCCCAACAUGCACAAGGACCAGUUUGCCCUCACCGCCUCCGAGGCUCACCUCAAGUACAUCAAGGAGUGCGCCCAGCUGGACGACGUCACGGUGCACUACUACCGCCUGUACAAGGACAAGAAGGAAGUGGAGGCAUCCAUGACGUUGGGACUGACCUUGCGUGGGAUCCAGAUAUUUCAGAAUGUGGGCACUGUCAGACAGCUUCUGUAUGACUUCCCAUGGACCAACGUGGGCAAACUGGUGUUUGUGGGGAAGAGGUUUGAGAUCCUCCCAGACGGGCUGCCGUCGGCCAGGAAGCUCAUGUACUACACGGGCUGCCCCCUCCGCUCCCGCCACCUCCUCCAGCUGCUCAGCAGCAGCCAUCGUCUCUACAUGAACCUGCAGCCGCUCCUCAAGCAGGUCCGCAGGCUGGAGGAGAGCGAAGAGAAGAAACAGUACCGGGAGUCGUACAUCAGCGACGCCCUGGACCUGGACAUGGACCAGCUGGACAAGCGCUCCCGAGCCAGCGGCAGCAGCGCGGGCAGCGCGUCGCACCACAAGCGCCUGUCCUCCCGCCGCUCCACGGCCAGCCACGGCAGCUCGCACACGUCGGGCGUGGAGACGGACAGCUUCCAGGCCCCCAGCCAGGCCCCCCACCGGGCGCUGCGCACCUGCAGCUCCUCCACCACCAGCCACGGCUCCUCCCACACGUCGGGCAUCGAGAGCAGCGGCAAGGAGCGCAUGCUGGACGAUGACGAGAUCGAGAUGCUGGUGGACGACCCCAAGGACUACGAAGAGCUGCACGAGCUAGCCCUGGAGCUGAGCCAGGACCUCUGCAUACACAUCACUGAGGACAUGCUGACCAUGUCUCCUGACCAGACCAAUGGAUACUCUGGUCUCGUGGUGAAGGACGUGAGCUCGUCCACCUCCAGCUCCUCUGAGACCGUGGUGAAGAUGAGGGGCCAGAGCAUCGAGUCUCUCCCUCAGACAUCUGUGUGCAGGAAGCCCCAGACGUCAACCGACCGGCACAGCCAAUCCCUGGAUGACGUGCGCCUCUACCAGAAGGACUGCCUGCAGUGGGCGGAGCUCUGCCAGGACACGGCGCACAGCUACACCUUCGGCUGCGCCCAGGAGCUUAGCGACGGCGGCGGUUACCAGGGCCUCGCCGAUCAGUGCAGCGGCAUCCGUGGCGACCAGCACCCCUUCCCCAUCAAGAGAACCAGCAAGUACUUCUCCCUGGACCUCACCAGCGACGAGGUGCCCGAGUUUGUGGUGUGAAGGAGGGUGCAGACCCCUCCCCACCCUCCGGGUAGACCCAGAGAACCUCAGGCGAGUUGGGAGAGGGAAAUGGAGGCAUGUCUGAAUCCAUACCUGAUAACGUAGACUCCUUAUGAGGAUACUGCUGGCUCUCCGCUAACCAGAGUUAGCUUACCCCUGGAGGCAACAGACUAAGACGAAUAAAAGCCACAAGUCCACAAAGGAAGCUGCCAAAGUCGGAUUUUCUCGAAUGGAAAACCAUACCAUUCAGGCUGCGUUGAAUUUAACCCAUGCUUCUCCACUGUGACACACGUUGGGAAUUGGAUUACAGGAAAACUAAGGGAAUACUGAGGAAAUUCAUAAUCCUUAUUUACAGAAACCUAACUGUUUCCAAACGUUUCUCAGGUUGUUCCUUGAUGCUUAUGUAGGGACGUUUCACUUUUGCAAAGAACUUAUUUCUCAAUCGGUUUGAGUGAAAUCUUGGUAUACUCUUAUCUGGUAUUGAUCAACAAAGGCAGUACACACCCACCAACAGUCUGUCAUAGAGAUUAGACCCCUUUAUCUGAACACCACAUGGAGAAGAAUGGGAGUUUUGGAGCUUUGAACCAAAGACAAGCUAACGCUAACAUGUAGAGACCAUGAGGCUCCUGGAGCUCCUUGUCAUGGUUGCAGUUGUUAAAGCGAUACAAGGAAGCGCCACCAUGACAUUAGGACAGAGCAGAACCACAUCAACAGGAGGUACCUUUUGCUCUUUAGAGGAAGGAACGAUGACGUAAUCUCCCUGUUUGUUAGCAGUGUGCCACUUCACCUCUGCCCCCACUUUGACAGGAAGUGCAAUGUGCCAACACCUCCCUCCUGCUCCUCCAUUGUCUCUUAUGAGCAGACAAAUAUGAACCUGCCCACUGUGCCUUCAAUACACUAUGCAGGUCUUGGAACCACAACCUUGCCUUGACAAUCUCUCUCUCUUACACACACAUACACACACACGCACACACAGUAGUGUAGAGUCAGAGAGCUGGCUUUGAAGGUCGGUGCGCUUUAAGCCACUGUUGGCCAGGAGUCAUAACUUCAUGAAACACACCUUAAACAGACCAACCAGUAAUGGGUGGAUUAUGUCUUGCUCUGAUGAUGUCAUCCUCUCAAACUCAACCUUCAGAGAACCCAGGCGUGACCUGAGUCAGUGUGGUGGUGUUCCUCGAUGUCAUUGUCUCUUAGAUUUGCCAGCCUGCCUGAGGCAUGACAGGCCUCCCCAUGCCCUGGGCCCCACACCCUGGUCCCAACACUUGUCUUCUGGUCCUCACACUCCCUGGUCUCCACACACUUGGUGCUCCAGCAUGCUGAGGAAACAGCAGGUCCUGACACAAAAUGGAACCGCAUUCAUGACCAGGAAAUGAGGCUGACUUUCAGCCUCUUUGUUUUUUCGUGAAGGGGGGCGGGAGGGGGAAGUAAUCCAGUGGUUUUUGUCUUUUGUCCUGAACGCCUACAGUAUGCUAUAUUUUUUUUGAACUGGAACUUCUUACAUUUUGUCAUUUUAAUAGAUUGUAAGUGUAGUAUUUGUGUAUGCUGCAUUUUAGAAAUGUGUUCUAUGUUGGAAAGGUAUUCUGUGUGUGUGGUUAAUGUCUUUCAGUAUUAUAAGCAAUGUAUGUGACAGUGUUACAAACGUGUGACAUCCGAUUCACACGUCUAUAUUGUGGGCCGUUUUCACCUAGAGAUCAAGUAAAUUCCCUUUUUUUGGAAACUGCAGAGUUUUUUGCCGUUGACAUCAAGAGCUAGUUGAGUUGUUGAGUUAGAUUAUUUCACAAGGUGUGACUGCUUACUGUCACGUUCAAACAACCAUUCUGAAUAAUAUACAUUUCUCUGUUCUGAAUGUUCAUGUUUUGGAUUAUCAGUCAUUUCCAAAGAGUUACAACAGUCAAAGGUGCUUAAACUGAGGGUUUAGUUGGACAGUCAAAAAUUAGGAGGGCAUUCAAAGCAGCUAUUUCAAUUUAAUUUCCCACGUGGAUCUAAUCUCUCCUGGAGAAUGUUAAAUACCAAAUUAGGCUUCCUGGAUUAUUUGGAAUCAGAUAGAACACUUUGUACCUUAAAAUGUGUGUGUUUGUGUGAGUACGUGUCUGUAUGCCAGUGUGUGCUUGCGUGUCUGUCAGUGUGAGUGUGUGUGUGCCUGUCUGUCUGUGCGUGCGUGCUCGCACAUCUACAAAUCCACUCCAGCUGAACUUGACUGCUCCAGAGAAGGACAGUUCUAGAACCAGUAUUGCUAUGGCGUUAUGUCUUGAGUGACAAGACCUGGCAAGUCCCACUUUUCUGCUCAGUCGGACCCUCCAGCUAGACACGUCAGGGCCAUGUUGGCUCACAGCCACAGGGUCUGGCAGCAAUAAAGCCUGGAUGGAAUAAACAAAAAAGGUGGAAUGUGGAAUGAUUAAUACACUUAUGAAUUUAUCUUUUGUGUGAUUUAAAAAGCAAACAAUAAUGAUUUAUAUUUCAAAGGAGAGGGUCUUGCUUCCCUGCUUUCAUGUAUUUAUGAGUUAUGUUGUGAAGAAAAAUUGCAACAAACUGAAAGCUUUGUUAACAUAUGGAUAUGUUUCCAUUUCUGGUAACUGAUGUGUCUCCUCUCUAUGAUAACAGUGUAAUGUUUCAAGGUACAUAGCCAUAAAACCAGAACCGCAACUUGAGUCUUUUGCAUUGUGUCCUAUUCUUUACUGUGUUGACUUAAUAUUACAUAGUGAUACUUAGCCUAUGUAGCGUCUGUUUGUCUGCACUAAGUGUCCAUAACUCUAACCCUUUCUGUGAAAGGAUUUCCCUUCAGGAGAUAAACAAUUGAAUGAAUGAUUUCAUCUUUUUUUUCCAAACCCUCUUGUGAAAAUUGUUAUCAUGAAAUAGUCUGGUUGUGCCUUCUUGGUACUCAUGCCCUCAAUACUCAAUAAAACGGUACAUUUGUUUGCCAAA